AUGGAGCGAGGCCGGUCGCCUUCUUCGGGCCAUGCUCACUCUAUAAGACACCCACACUCCGCCUCCACCUCGCCGCACCCGCCGCUCAAUGCUUCCUUUGCCGGCAGUCAGAACAUAUCCGCACACGAUAACAGCUUCAAGUCUCUGAACCCUCAGGGCUUCUCCACAGCCGCUUUCUCCGACCCCAGCUUCACGCAGGACUACUCACAGCAGGCGAAGUGGUCGCUGGACCCCACCUUCAAUACUGGUUAUCAGCAAGAGCAGAGCGGACAGUCGCAGAUAUCGCCGUCGCAAAGACUGUCAGAUACUACGAACCACCAGGCAUUUCUUCAGACGUCAAAUCUAGCAUCGCAAGACUACAGCCAGAACGGUCAAGGCAGCAAUCACGUUUCGCCUAGUGCGCUGAACCAGAACAAUCUCCCUUUCAGCCAAGACACAAGCGCAUUUCCCUCUUUCGACUUCAACCAACCUGACUACGAUCUGUCACGGUCAAGCUUCGACGGCGGCGCAUCGCUUGAUCCACAAUUAUUAUCUGGCUUGGACGCAGGAUCACUGGAUCCGUUAUCCGUAAAUCCCCUUAGCAGCAAUCUUGCUGUGUCACAAGACCAAAUGGCUGCCACUAUGCAGUCCCACACCCCCACACCACCUCACAACUUGUACCCAGACAUGACGCGGCGACAAUCUGGAAGUCCUAGCCCGCAUGCGACACCAGGAUUUGCGCAAAACGGUUUCCAGCAGCAGAUGGGCCGACCGCGCAAUGUUUCCGAGUCGCUCGACCCGGCCAGUGCAAUGUUUCCGCAAGGUCAGAACGAGUGGCCCUCGCGCGCAUAUGGUGGCCACAGACGGCAACACUCGGAUAACAUCUCUGAGCUGUCGUCACAUUCGGCGCAAGCAUCACCAUACCUGGCAACUCUGGACAGCUUCGAUCAGAACCCUACCACCCCACCAACGAUGCACCCGGCUCAGGAUGCAGUGUUCAAUGGCGAUCUCGGCUUGCAGGGCUUCUCUAUCAGCGAGGGCCAGAUGCAGCAGCCUUAUAUCAGCCCCAACCACAGUGGAUAUCCUUCUCCACAACCACAAAUCCAGCAACUACCACCUUUCACGGCCGACAACCAUUACGGUCUUGCAGCAACAAUGAAUGGUCAAUUCACUCAGCAGGCGAAUGGUCUCGAUCUAUUCCCAAAUGUGGCGCAAGAUCCCUUUCCAGCUCUCAACCAUACAAGUCCUGGCGAAGGCGCGGCUGACCAAAUGAGCCCGCCUGAGAUCAAUAUUGACUAUGCGCCACCAACGAGGAAUCCCAUGGAGAAUAUGCGAGCUGGUACUCAUGCAGACGAUACUUUGAGUCCGCCUCUACGAAGUCAAAGUCGCAAUAGGAUGCGCGCGAAGUCGGACUCACACGCUGGCUCCCGGCCGACGUCACCUUUCAUGCCUGGUCGGGUGAGAUCACCGUCUCUGCAACCACAAACUUCGGACCCCGGCGAGUUAUUGGCACCCAUCAACGACAGGAAGAACUCACGGUCACCAUCCCCUGGUCGUGGUCGUGCCGGGUCACAUGGAUCGCGCCAAAGAAGUACUAGUCAUGCUUCCGACCAACGCGACUACAUUCUUGACCUAGCCGACCCCGACCGCUCGCCCUCCAACGGCGCAGACAAGGGCCGCAUACAGAAACACCCAGCUACCUUCCAAUGCCAUCUCUGCCCCAAACGCUUCACACGAGCCUACAACUUGCGGUCUCACUUGCGCACACACACCGACGAGCGGCCCUUCGUCUGCACAGUCUGCGGCAAAGCCUUCGCCCGACAACACGACCGCAAACGUCACGAGGGUCUGCAUUCGGGCGAGAAGAAGUUCGUCUGCAAGGGUAACCUCACGAGCGGCGCACACUGGGGUUGUGGGCGGCGAUUCGCUCGCGCAGAUGCAUUGGGCAGACAUUUCCGAUCAGAAGCCGGACGCGUAUGCAUCAAGCCCCUCCUCGACGAAGAAGCGGCAGAGCGCCAACGAGCAUGGAUGGAAGAACAACAACAGGCGCAAGUCGCCGCCGGUCUCGUCGCUCCACAACCCAUGCUCGACCAACCGCACAUGGAUCUCAAUAAUUUCCUCCCGGCGGCAUUACUGCAGCAGUAUCCUGCCUUAGCCGGGAUCGACUGGAGUUCCGUGCCUCAGGACCCACCGAUCGAUGAGGAGUACUCUGGCCGCAGCUCCUUUGACGCUGGGGCUAGUAGCGGUGGCGAGUAUUAUGACGACGGCAGCGAGAAUGAAAUGGGCGGGUAUCCGGACCCGGGGAUGACGGGGUUGAAUAAUAUUAACACGAUGACUACGAUGAGUAUUAUGAAUGGGUUUGGGGUGAACAUGGGACAGGGGCAGAGGCAGGCGCAGGGUGGUGCUCAGCAGCAGCAGCAUCAGGGGUUUGGUGGUGGUGGGGGGAUGUAUCAUAACCAGGCCGGGGAUUACUUGAGUGAUUUUGAGGGGAGAUGA